UUCAUUAACAUUUCAGCCUGUUUUGAUUGUCAAAUUGCGUGUUUACUCUGCAGAGUUUUCCGCAAAAAUCCAGUGAAUUUCAUCAUUUUUCCCCUGAUUUCUCAACCAAUAUACUUAUAAGUACUUUAAUUUGGUCUACCAUCGUUGUGCAAAGGGAUUUUGCACUGAAUAUACCAAAAUCAAGACAAGCAAGAGUCUCUGGAGGACGCUGGGAAGGCCGUGAACUGCCCCCAUGAUGCCACAGGAGUCGAAGAGAGAGCGCAAGGGGGCUCAGAGAGUCUCCCUCUUGCAGGCCCCGCUGUCGCCCUGCCCCAUUCCGGACAUCAGUGACGACGAGCUGGUCUCCAUCUCCGUGCGAGACCUCAACAGGACGCUGAAGCUGCGCGGAUUGACGCGCGAGGAGAUCGUGCGGAUGAAACAGCGGCGGCGGACGCUGAAGAAUCGCGGCUACGCUGCCAGCUGUCGGAUCAAGAGGAUUGAGCAGAAGGAUGAACUGGAGACGGAGAAGUCGCAGGAGUGGAACGACAUGGAGAUCAUGCAGGAGAACAACAGGAAGAUCAGAGAGGACGUCGAGACGUGGAAGAACAAGUUCGAGGCUCUGCGGAAGUUUGCCAUCGCCCAGAAAAUUCCUCUGCCGCCGGAAUUGGACUCUCUAUGAGUAGAUAAAGUUGGUUUAGUGGGAACAGGGAUAUUGCUUAAGGUAGGAUAAUUGAGUUUUGACGUACUUUCCUUCUAUAAAUAGCCUACUUUAGUUUUAAGGUGAUUAUACUGUAAUUUUUCCUAGUGAAUUCAAUGAAUAUCAGGAUA